AUAUCAAAUAUGCAAAUCGAAAGCAGCCCUUGAACGUUGACCGACCUGAACAUAAAUACAAAUUGGAUAUAUUUAUUGAUCUAAAUAUUUCAUAAAUAUCAAUCCAAUAUACACUGUAAAAAAAAUUGAGUAAAAUUGCCACCAAGAUUACUAUGGAGUAAAAUUUGCUCCGCCAAAGUUAAAAUUUACUUAAGGUUGAGCAAAAAUCUUUCAAAGCUGGAUAAAUUUUAACUUUUAUUGGGUAACUUUUACCCAAUAGUUGUCUUGGUGGCAAUUUCACUCAAAAUUUAGUGAAUUUUACGCGAUAUUUUUUAGAGUGUAGGGAUUGACAUUGAUAGAAUCACCUUGAGUGACAUGGACAAGGUGACAUGGAUAUUUCUAUAACAUACACUCUCACAAGUACUUCAGGCACACAAGGGUGUACGUUUUUUGUCAGCUUGUCGACGAGAAUCAAAAUUAUUUCCAAAAAUUGCUACCCUGUUUAUUUUUGAGGAUGGAGAAAUAUUUAAAACUUACCACUGAUAGUUUUCGGUCGCCAUCCCUUGGUUUAAUUUCCGUAAUUCUGGAUAAUGAAAAUGACGGCAAAGUCAAAACCUUUUAUCGACGGUGCAGUAGUGGCAACCCGAAAGAACGUGAAGUGCACUGUCGUAAUUCUCUCGUCAAGUUCGCAACUUCCCGCGAUUUCCAGUACAAGUUUCGAGUUUUUAAAAAGAACAGCUCAUCUAUUUUAUUGUACAAAAAAUGACGUAGAUCAUAAUAGUGAUGAUGGCAUCACCUGGAUAAAGGAUUUUGCGUUUCAUUGCCGUUUACCCAAUGUUGAUACAAUGAGUUUGGAGGAAAUUGAAUUUGAAAAAUUAUUUGGAAUUAAUUCGUGUGAUUUCGAUCGUACAAAUUUCCACACAGGAAAAAUUCUCUGGGUGGUUCCUUGGCAUCAUGAAGCUCUGGUUAGGCAACACUUGUAAGUCUCAAAGUUUAUGGUAUGACGUUGCCCCGAAAUCACAAAGGUAGCUGAACCGUACUUGACAGGCUUCCAUCCCUUUAGAGCCAUAACAAGUACCUGAUGUAUGGUAGGCCUUGAAACUUGCAAGUAAAUAUUUUAGACAUACUUCCAUGUCAAGUCGAAGUAAAUUCCUUACUCGUAAAAUAAUUUGGGAAAAACCGUAAAUAUUUUACUUACUUCUCGGUUUUGAGUAUGAAUAUUGUUCAAAAGUCAGAUUAUGUAUUUGACUAACCCGAUUAAUUCAUAUCUGACAAAUUCUUCAUGUGAACCCAGAAUGUUAAUAGUUCUAGAUUUCCCAGGUUUUCAGUCUUCCUAACUUUAGCCAAACAUAAAUUUCUGCUCAACUGUGACGAUCCUGUAUUAAAUUUAUAUUUGUUUCAGAUACUUUUUCAUAAUUUCCAUAAAGAAAUGAUUAUGUUGUGUAGGCUUAAACCUAUAUUUCAGAAGAAACGGGACUGACAAGCACUACAUUUUGGCCCCAGUGUUGUCCCUCUCCCAAAAACUCAAUGCCACCUUAACCCCCGUGAUAUCUGACACUUACGGAGGAAAGAACGCCACGACUGGGCGAUGGACAGGGAUUUUCUCCCACAUACUUUAUAACGAGUGUCACCUCACUCCAUGGUUGACUCUGACUCUGGACCGAGCUGAGAUCUCGGUACCCACGGUCGCCCUGAUACCCGAAGGACUCAGUUUUGUGACCGGACUCUCACAGGAGGAAGGUUCCACCCACCUGCUGGGCGUGGCUAGAGACGGGAUUGGAUUGGAAUUUGCCCUGUUCAUGACGGCCUCAUUUUUUGUGUAUGCCUUGCUGUUGACGAAAGGCUCGUGGAAUGAGUUUACAAAUGCGUUGGCCUUUCUGGCGAUGUGUAUUUUCGAGUUAAGCGUGCCCAGAAGUUAUUACAGCAAAUUCUCUAGCAACCGCUGCUCUCGGUUAAUUCUGACGUUUUGGUUUGGUGCAAUAUUCGUCAUAAGCUCUGACCUCAAGACGGCAUUCAUCUCUAAUCUGACGAAACCCGAGCUCAGCCAUCCCCCGGCGGAUUUUGAACAACUGUACGAAGCCAAAGAGUACAAAAUUGGUUUUGCCUCCAUGAACAGUACGGCAGAGGGGAGUGCCUUUAUCUCCUUGGCGGGUGAAGGAAACCAAAUAAUUUCUCAUCUCAACACCAGAGUAUUCAAGGACUUUCCGAAUUUUGAUGAAGAGUGCUUAAGGAUUACUCAAAAAGCACGCCACGUUUGCAUGGGCUCCCUUCAUGGCCUGAUCCCUGAAGCGAUUGAGGAACUUGUGACGAAUCGAGGCAGGAAAUUGUUUCGUCUGGCAAAAUCACCCUUCAUCUCUUUCCACACGGUGGGUUUCGUAAGUAUGAAGAUGCCCCACAUUCUUCCCACGUACAACAGGAUUCUCCUCAAAUACAUGGAGUCUGGCGUGAUGGAUUACCUUUGGGAGGGUUACAAUGAGCAGAAGAAAUCCCUCGGGAUAAAAGUGGCGAAUGAGAGGGAGGUAAAAAGGCAGAGGUUUCCGUCAGAAGUGGAGUCCGUGCCGGAGAGGGGUCAGGAGAUUUACGUCACCACGAUAGGUGUUGGGGUAUGCGGACUUUUGGCGGUAGUAACUUUGGCAGGGGAAAGGUCUUCGGUGGUAGGAAGUUUUAGAAAAGUUUGGCUUAAGUGGAAGCAAUGAAAUAAAAUUAUGUAUUAUGCUACAUAUUUAUUUACUUGACCAAGAGGGAACUUUGAAUGUUGGGUUUACGUAACCCUAUCGCUACUAAUUGUGAAUACAUUGGAAAUAUAUGUAUUGUCCGCAACCUUGGAUAAAAGUAGGUUUGUUUGACAAGGCGACAUACAUACAUAGAGGCAUACGAAAAUAAAUAUGAUGUAGGUAUAUUAUAUGAAUUUAUUUUAUUCUCACAUAUUUUACACAAUUCAUUCACCAAAUAUCCACUUUGUGGGACUUACAGUGUUACA